AUGAUGUCCAUGGAGAACAAUACAGUAGUGACUGAAUUCAUCCUUCUAGGACUUCCUGAUGCUCCAGAAAUGCAGGUCCCACUCUUUAUAAUGUUCACUCUCAUCUACCUCAUCACUCUAGUUGGAAAUCUGGGGAUGAUCAUGUUGAUUCUGUUGGACUCUCAUCUUCACACUCUUAUGUACUUUUCCCUCAGUAAUCUCUCACUGGUGGACUUUGGUUACUCCUCAGCAAUCACACCCAAUGUGAUGGCAGGAUUCCUUACAGGAAAUAAGGUCAUCUCCUACAAUGCAUGCACUGCUCAGAUGUUCUUUUUUACAGUCUUUGCCACGGUGGAAAGUUACCUCUUGGCCUCAAUGGCCUAUGACUGCUAUGCGGCCGUGUGUAAACCCCUCCAUUACACCAUCACCACGGCAACAAAUAUGUGUGCUUGUCUUGCCAUAGGCUCUUAUGCUUGUGGUGUUCUGAAUGCCUCUGUAAACACUGGAGAUACCUUCAGUCUCUCUUUCUGUAGGUCCAAUCUGGUUCAUCACUUUUUCUGUGAUCUUCCAGCAGUCAUGGUCCUUUCCUGCUCAGAUAAACACAUGAGUGAGAUGGUUCUUGUUUAUAUUAGUACCUUCCAUGUGUUUUUUGCUCUCAUGGCUAUCUUUAUUUCCUGCAUGUUCAUAUUUAUCACCAUCCUGAAGAUGCAUGAUCAUCCCCACUCUCAUUUCACUCAAAGUAUAUUUAAGUACAUGCCCGAAGAAACAUCAUUUAUGCAAACCACAUGUAAUUCACACAUCCAUGAGUGGACAGAAAAAUGA